AUGGCGGAACAGCACGUAUCGUUUAAACUUGAAGAUCUUUUUUCUAUUAAGGGAAAGAUCGUAGUUGUCACUGGAGGGGGCUCGGGCUUGGGUAAGGCCAUUGCUGAGGGGUUCGCUAUCAAUGGUGCAAGGGUAUACAUUUGUGGCCGGAGGCAAGAAGCCCUAGACACGGCGGCUCAACAGAUCGGAGGGGAUAUUCACACAAUUCAAGGCGAUGUACAGACCAAAACAGGUUGCCAGGCCAUUGUUGAAGCUGUCAAGGCCCGUGAAUCUCAUGUUGAUACACUCAUAAACUGCGCUGGGGUGAACAGUCCCUGGAGAGUCAAGGCCAAUGAUCAUAACAAUGCGGACGAGGUUGAAAAUCUGCUCAUAAACGGAGUUGAAGAGGAGGACUUUGACCGAAGCAAUCAAAUAAACGUCAUGGGAGUUUAUUUCUUAACUGUGAACUUUAUUCCACUCUUGAGGAAGUCUGCAGACCCAAACGUGUGCGUCAUCGCAUCUCUGGCUGCGCUUGGAAACCAAAGAUCCAUGGGGUCGAUCACGUAUGGUGUAUCCAAAGCAGCGACUGUCCAUCUUGCCAAGCUUCUCGCAGGCAGAUUACACCCGAUGAAAAUUCGAGUCAAUACGAUUUGUCCUGGAAUUUUCCCAUCAGAGAUGACUGGCAGCACUGCAGGAAAACACGAAUACAACAUUAACAAUCAAGCAACAAAAGCAGCGAUGCGCUGCACGGCAGGGCGUGCUGGGCGUCCGGAAGAAAUGGUCGGGCCUGUUCUAAUGCUUUCGAGUCCUGGUGGCGGUUACAUGAAUUAUGCUUUGUUGACUGUCGACGGUGGGAGAUUAAUGGGGCUUUCCAUUCAUGACGGCAUCAGGAUGCCAGAAGAUUCAUAUACGUAA